CGCACUACGCUCGGCUUUUUAGGGGCCCAGGCUGUUGCCUGACUGAAAGCUGUCAGCAGACUGACUUAAAGAGAGGCACUCCGAGUGCUUAGGAAGAAGUAGAGUAUUUAUCUGUUGUCUUUUCUUUGUUUAUUUUUCACCCUUUGGCGGCUUCUCGGGCUCGCCGCUGGCAGGCGUUCACGGCCGAAUCCGCGAGCCGGCGGGCCCCUCCCGGUGCCGGCGUCGGGGCACGGCGGCUGGGGCCCCUCUGCGCCGGGCGUCGCAGCCGGGGGCGGUUGGUAGGGUGCGUGCCGGUGACCGCCAUGUAUUACAAGUUUAACGGCUUCACGCAGAGGCUGGUCGGAGCAGCAGCCUCCGCCGCUUACAAUCCCCAGGGACUCAAACCAAUAGUUUCCACUGAAUCAUCAGCUCUGGUUUUUGGGACAGCAACUAAACUUGCUUCAGAUUUACCAGCAACUGAUUCUUUCUUGGGUAAAAACAAGGUGCCAGACCUACAGAAACUUUUUCAGAAAACAGACGGGCUGCCGGUACACCUGAAAAGAGGCGUUCCAGAUAGGCUGCUUUAUCGGACCACUAUGGCUCUAACAAUAGGAGGGACUCUCUACUGUCUAGUAGCACUGUACAUGGCCUCACAACCAAGAACCCAAAAAUAAAUGAACCACAACUCAUGGGACUGGUGACACUUCUCUGAAUGACCUCCUGCAAGCAUCUCCUUGCACUGGCUUUAAUUCUGUGAUCAUAUUUGGUUCAUCAUUCAGAUCAAAUUUCUUGGAGAAAAUGUUUUAAUUUGGUUGCCUUAUGUGUUCUAGAAAUCAACAUGAACAGACUAAAGACAUCGUUUUAGCAUGCAGUUUUAACUUUGCAUUUCUUGUCUUGCAGGAGUGUAUGAACGGUUUGAGAAAUUUAAGGUUUUCCUUCUGUCCAUCCCUCCACCUUAAACAGGACAAAUACUUUGUAGGCUAUGCUCCAUAUGCCUUAGUGGGAGGAUGCUGCUAGUUCCCGAAACAGUAGAAGCAAAUAAUUAUUAUAACAGGAACCUGUUUCUGUCAUACACAGCUCAUUUUACAGAAGCAGGUGGCAGCCGAACGUUUCCAAAUGCUGGUAUAUUAUUAUGUAUUUACACCAUGGUAGGACAAAAGGCUUAUGUCCUUGGAGCAUUUAAAGAGGGUUUAUUCCAUAAUGAUAGUAUCACUGUAUGAAUAAGAAUGUACUGGUAUUGUGGCAUCAGUUUUACCAGGUUUUGGACUUAAUUUGUCAAACUAUCGUACUGCACAAUAAAGAUAACUACAUGAGUAAUGAAACAGACAAAUCUUUAAAUUUUCAAAUCACUUCAGCUGUCCUGAUGGUGAAAUAAACCUAUUGGUACACUUUUGUUUGCGUUCAACUGGUAGAUCUCAAACCAGACAAUUGAUUCAGCUAUCUUAAUUUUUUUUUUUGGAGACCGUAAUCCUUAAAAAAACCUCUCUCAGAACUCACUGAGUGUUUUUAACUACACUUUUUGUUGAAACAGGUCACUGUAUCAGCUUAUCUGUACAUUAUUUUUAUUGCACACACAUACCUAGUUAUAUGUACUUACACACAUGUUUCCUUUGGAAGAGAGGGAAGGCAAGGAAACAUUUAUUCAUUUGCUUUCCUUUGUAAUAUCCCCUGAUUUCAUAGAGCCUUCCCUGUCUAUGAACGCAGAUGUUCACUCUUGGUCAGCCAGGCUCUGGUUAAACAUGGAUUCACAGCCUCUGUAAAAAGACAUUUCUCCCGUAACUGUGUAGAAACCACCUUCCAUGUAAAUAACAGUUGAUAAAGGAACCAAAAAUUCCUCUUAGUUCAAAUUUUUACUAAAAAUAUUUCCAUUUUCUUCCCAGCCAAGUUAUAUCAGAGCCUAUUACUGUGUCAGAGGAAUGACAAUAGCUGCUUGUACUGUGAUCUCUGGUAAUUCAGGAUGGGAAAGAUUAAGUAACUGAAAGAGAAAUUUCUAAGGAGAGCAAGACACAAUAAUAGAGAAUAAUUAAGUUCUUCAGGAACUGACAGCUGCUGUUGUCUCUACUGAUACAAUAUUUUAUCUUCAGUAGCCCAUGCUUCUCUGAGGCUAAGAGUCUUGUGCUGUAUGCUGUUAAAUCCCAUUUAAAAAAGAAAAAAAAGAGGCGGGGGAAAAAAAAGUGCAAGGCAGAUAAAGCAAUGUAAGUGUGUGGACAAAGUAACUGAACUGUCAGUGACUAGUGACUACUAGUAGUCAGUGACUACUCUCCUACUACUUGUGGAAAGAAUGAUAAUGACUGAUGUCUAGCUUUCAUAAAGGGAGCUUAGCUAGGAAAUGGAGUUUGUGUACUGCUGUGGAUAUCAGAGUUGUCUCAUAUUGCUCUGGGUGUAGUUUUUCCCAGCUGUUUUGUCAGCAGCUGAGAAACACAUGCUAAUGGGAAAACACCAAAUUUUGCACAUAACCGAACAUGAGAUAAUCCACGGUUUUGUUGUUGUAGUGUUUGGAUUUUGAAAGACUUUUCACUUUUCCCUUCUCAAAAAAAGCUGACUCAGCAGGAUGUGAAUGUUGCUUCAGGUUGUUGGAGAUAAAAGCGCUACAAGGUGUUGCUUGUCUGCAACCACUGAGCUCCUCUACUCCAGUCAUCAGAGAGAGGUCUUCAUUGCUGUGUUCACACAGCAAAGUGCUCUGAAAAAUGGGGAAGUUUGCAAGCGGUGGCCAGAAGGUUAGACUGCAGCUGCAAAACCUUUGCCAUUUCUCAAUUGGUUUUGAGAUCAUCAUAAAGAAAGUACAAUAUUGUGAAUUGUUUUUCUUACGAAAAACAGCACUACCACCACAACACCCCAAACAGACAAAUAGACACCCAACCUUGUUAAAUAUCUGUUGAAAAAUAUUUUGGGUACUAGAUUUUAUGAAGAUUCAAGAGAGUUUCAGUAGUUUAUUUUUUUGUGAUAGAGAUACCUAAUCUAUUCCUAAGCCAUCAAGAACACACCUUUAAAAGGAAUCAUCUGUCCCUGACUUGCUGUAAAUAAAUUCUUAAGGAAGGAGAAUCAGGAGUGAAUUCCAGUAUUAAAAAGGCUACUUUAAUAUUGAGUUGUCACCCCCAGAAGUAAGAAUCUGACUUGACUACCACAACUUCAUUUAGUUGUGCAGUGUCCUCCUUUUUUUUUACCCCCCCUUUUUAAAGACUCCUUGUUUUGUCUUACAAAUUACAGAACCUGCCAGUACUGAGAACUAAGAAAACAAGAUGCAUUUUAAGUAGUAGCCUAUAUUCUAAUGUUUUGGCUUGAAUGUAUGGUAGAGAAUAGAUUAUAAUAAGCUUUCAUACCCUGAGGUGCUGGGCUUGGAAGGGAAAGCUGCCUGAGACUUAAAAUACUCAGUAACAAGAUUAUCUCAUGGAUAACCAACUGUCCCCCAUGGCAUUAGCGUAUUGUUGAGAGACAACUUGAAUUCAUCAUCUUUUUGUAGUGGUUUUUGAGUAAGAUCCCUCUCCCUACUUUUGAUGUGGGAGUAGUUGAGUAUAUGCACUUAGAAUGCACGUCUUUCAGCUGCCUUAAAAAUGAAAAGGAGAGGAUUCCUCCACAGUAUUUCAGUAUGACCAUACCAUCUCUACAGGCUUUUGCAUUAACAUUUUAGGUUCUUGAUAGACUGAUACAACACUGCAAUGGCAAUACUAUUGAUCUUACCUUAAAAGUUGACAAAUGAAAAGGUACUAAAAGCAAGAGAAAUUCAGAAAAUGGGAAUCUAAUCUUACUGAAAUAAAGCUGAAGAGUGUUUAAAAGCUGCUUCCUCAAAGACAUAUACAUGCUACUUGCUCCUCAUUUAACCUUUCUCCAGAUUCAAGCCUUCCAAGAGGCUUCAGAAGAUCAUUCUUUUCCCACUCCUGUGACAAACCAUUACUCUUGCACAUAUUAAAAUUGUAGAAACACAAGUGCUUUCACACAAAGAGAAAAAGAGGAAUAUAUUGGGUAAGUUACAUGUAAGAUCACGCUAAACUGCUGGAAAAAAGUUAAAGGCUACCUGCAUUUUAUGACAUAGCAUACUUAAACUCAGUCGAAUUUCACAGGAAGCCAAAGUUUGAGCUUUGCUUUAAAAUGGAAAGUGGGAAGAACUUAUUUCCAAGCCUUAAUUUUAGCAAUAGACAUGAAAAUCAACCUUUAAGUAUUUUGCAUAUUUAGUUCUAAUUGAAUCUCUAAUAAAUAUCAUUCAUUUGAAUCACUUCCAGUUAGCAAUCUGUGUAUCACUUACACUGCAGCUAAGAAAUGCAAGCAUAUUUGCUGUGAAAGAGUGCAAGCAUGCCUGUUGAUCAGGAAAUAGGGUAUAUACUAUCAAGUAUGAGUAUGAUACCCUAGUGCAUUUUAUUUGAUCCCAGGCUGCCUUUGAGUGUGGCACUUGACAGAAGAAUACAUCUUCUUUGUAUACUAAUUAUUUCAAGAUGCAAUAAAGCUAAAUUCAAGGGUCUGUUUCUCCCAGUCUGUUGCAGACAGGCUGUAUCUGGCCAACAGCAGUCCAUGGACAGUGAAGAGCGGCCUGAACUUUUGUUUAGCUAUAUACUUAGCUAUUUAGAACCUCCUGGAUAAUGGCUAUCAAAUGUGCCAGCAAAGAAGCUUUGUAUUUGAUCUAGCUGUACUGCGACAUGUAGAAAAUACAAUAAAAUGUUCAAUUGUGACAAUAUGAAAA